UGUUAUUAGCAUGCAAUUUUUCAGAUUCUCAAGGUUUUCUUCGUGUUAUAAUAAAUUUGCAAAACUCGUCACUUGCAUUAUUCUUUCGAUGUUGCUCGUCAUUCCUGGAUUACCACAAGUGAUCGGUGUAUUUGAUCAUCGAGAGCAUGUAGAACUGCUGAUUGGAGGUGUGGAAACAUUCUUUUAUUUUAUCUUAAUAAGUUCGAGAUAUUUGUCACUGCUGAUAAUACAAAAAAAGCUCAAGCUUAUGUGCAAAAGUAUAAGAAAUUGGAAGAAUGUUUCAAGAAACCGAGUGGAGAUGGAUAUUUUUGCAACGUUAUUCGAGAUUGAAAGUCAAUCAUUCCAAUUGAAAUUAAUAUUUAAUUUAUACAUUGCUUACGUGAUUGGAACUGUGCAAAUUUUUGUUAGUCUAUCAUUAGGGUUGAAUAUGGUCAACGUAGUUCUAAUAUUUAUUUAUGACAAGGAAUAUUUAGUGGACGAAGAAAGAUAAAACCAUUAUUGUCACACAUCUAUUUAUUUAAAGCGCACACUAUAUUAUAACUAUGUCAAUAUUUAGUAUGAUUGGUGCAAUUUAUACUGUGAGUAUUCAGUAGUGUAUGGAUUUGGAAGAAACCAUCAAGUAAGUAUUAAAAAAAUGUUAAAAUUUGCAACACUAAAUAUCUCUGUGGAAAUUGAAGAGGUUGUUUGUUGUUUUUUUGAUAAAUAUUAUAAGUCAUUUUUUAUUUCACGUUUGAUAUGUUUGAAUGCUAUUAUUUAUAGAUAAAGAUUUAUGCAUUAUCAGUUUUUAAGUAUACAUAUGAUGAGGAUAUCACGAUAGGUGAUAGAAUCUAGAGACUGAAAUCUUUAGAUUUUCUAAUAGUAAAUAAGUAUGUGUGUACAGAUACGAUCAUUUGGAUUGUAACUAUCAAGCGCUAAUUUUGCCCGUAUAUAAAAAUUUGCAAUCCGUCUCUAUCUACAGAUUUUGUAGCCUACUUAUGUGGAGAUUUACCUUUGUUAAAAGGUGUAUAGGGGAGGGAGGAAUAUAUUAAGAGAGUGAGCGAUCCCGGCAUAUAUGCGAAUAGGGGACUCUCGAUCACAUUUACAAAAAAUGUAUAAUAAACAUCACCCAGGGAUUUUACUGAAAUUCAUUUUAUAGCAAGCUAGUGGCGAAAAUCUCUUUUCCGCAGAGAUGUCAUGUAACAAUUUAAUGUACAAUGUUUGGUUAGGUUAGAUAAUAAGGAAAACAAUCUGUAUUGAUAGACAAUAAAAAAACUUCGAGUGUCAGUUAUGAUAAUGUACGGCACGAAUUUGUCGAAAGUUAGAAACAUUUAAAGUUUAUGGUAGGAUAACCUGGAUCCUUUUUAUUUGAAUCUGGAAGAUUUUAUAUCAUGAAUUACAUAAAAUUUGAAG